GGCCCGCCAUGCCUGCUUUACAAUGCCUAGGUUAUGUGCAAUUUGACACGACCCCGGAAGUGUUUUUUCGGGGAGGGUGGGCUAGCCUUGCAGCCUUGAUGCUAUGACGAUGGACGCUCAUGUGGAAGCUACCACACAGCGAGCUGAUUUAUAAACUGCCGUAGCCAUUUGCCCACUUGUAUGGGCAAUGAAUACACAAAGCCGUUAAUUGUUUUUCCUAUUUAAUCAUUUUUGAACCAUUUUGGAUAUCACAAGGCAUCCCAUUACCGUGGGAACAAUAUGAAAAUACAGUUUUAAAAGCAACAUUUUCCAAGUCUUGCCAGAACUUCAUACAUCAGAAUGAAGGAACGGACAGAUGCUCCUCAGGACCGGGGCUGCCUGGUGGGGAUCUGUUUCUUCAUUCUGGGCCUGGGAACGCUGCUACCAUGGAACUUCUUCAUGACUGCCUCAUUGUAUUUCCAGGCUCGCCUCAACACGACAGAAUUGAGCAACAGCACCACGGUGGUCAGCAAAGAGUACUACUUCAACAACUGGAUGACCCUGCUGUCCCAGCUGCCCCUGCUGCUGUUCACCCUGCUCAACUCCUUCCUGUACCAUAGGAUAUCAGAGGCAGUGCGCAUCGCAGGCAGCCUGGUUUUCAUCCUGCUGCUCUUCAUCCUCACAGCAGUGAUCGUCAAGGUGCCCAUGGAGGAAGAUCGCUUCUUCUCCGUCACCAUGGCUACUAUCUGGUUCAUCAACUCCUUCGGGGCCGUGCUGCAGGGCAGUUGUUUCGGCCUGGUGGGUCUCCUGCCUCAGAAGUACAGCACAGUGUUCAUGAGUGGCCAGGGCCUCGCCGGGACCUUCGCUGCCAUCGCCAUGCUGCUCGCCAUCGCCAGCGACGCGGACUCUGAGACGGCAGCGUUGGGUUACUUCAUCACGCCAUGUGUCGGGACGCUGGUCACGCUGGGCAGCUAUGUCCUGCUGCCCCGCCUGGAGUUUGCCCAGCAUUAUCUGAACAAAAGCGUCAAGUAUGAGGCAGGCACCACGGACGAGUUGCUGAAAGAGAGCAGCACAGUGGAGAAUGGCAAGCUGAACGGCCAUGCUAACGGCACAGCGACCAGCAGCAGCCCAGAGGGGGGGGCUGAGGUGGAGGGAGACCCCGGGACAGAACGGCCCAAGCCCGCCUUCCUGUCGCUGGAGCAGGAGGAGAAGGGGCAGGCCAAAGCCUCCGUCGUAGAGGUCUUUAAGAAGAUCUGGGUGAUGGCGUUCUGCGUGACGUUUGUGUUCACGGUCACUCUGUCCGUCUUCCCCGCUGUCACUGUAGAUGUCAAGACCUCCUUCCCAGGAAAAUGGGAGCGCUUCUUCAUCUCAGUGUGCUGCUUCUUGAUUUUCAACCUCAACGACUGGUUCGGUCGGACCGUCACCACUUUCAUAUGUUGGCCUGCUAAGGAGUCUCGUCUGUUCCCGCUGCUCGUGGUCUGCAGGGUGGUGUUCGUCCCGCUGCUGAUGCUCUGUAACGUCCAGAACCGCUACUUCCUGCCCGUCUUCUUCAGCCACGACGCUGCCUUCGCCUUCAUCAUGACGCUCUUCUCUCUGUCCAGCGGAUACUUCGUCUGCCUGUCCAUGUCCUACGCUCCUCAGCUGGUGGAUAAGAAGGACGGAGAGACUGCUGGAGCCCUGAUGACCUUCUUCUUGGCCCUCGGUCUGUCCAUAGGAGCCGCCCUGUCCUUCCCCCUGAGGGCUCUGGUCUAGACACACACACACACACACACACACACACACACACACACACACACACACACACACACACACACACACACACACACACACAGCACUGCAUAAACACCGUAGGAUAUUUUCCCAAAAGGAGGAAUCAGAUUUGUUUUGUCUCUCCAGGACGACUUCCUCUCUUCUUUCAUCCGUCAGGUGCUGUGUGUGAAUUGGCUCGCUAGGUGUUAUAAUGAGCGCCAGGGUUCCUGUUGAAAGUAGGAAUAAGGGAUAAACGGUAUGAAUGGUUUUGUUACCUGCUGCUAAAACACAUGUUGGGAAACACUUCUCUCCGUGCAGCUGACACAGGACUGGUUUUGUUCAGAUUUCUACAUGGUUAGAUGUAUUUUUGUUUAAUUAAGGUUAGUCGCUUUAGGGCAUUACGCUAUAUUUUUGUAUUUGAUUGAUGGCUUGAAUGCUUUGUGUUACAUGUAUUAUAUCAGGUAUUUCUGAUGUAUUUUCCUUCAUAUGAUUAAUUUUUUUUUUAAUACAAUAGAUUUAUGUUACGGAUGUAGAACAAAAAAUGUUGUAAUAAUGUUAAAUUCCCAAUGGAAGGUUAGGGACCCGCCUCAAAGGCUUGUGUAGAUUGAUAAACAGGGCCAAGCAGUCGGGGGCCCCGGACCCCUGUUGAAGUGACAGUAUUUCCUGUUGCAAGGUAAAUCCAAUGCCAUAUAGACACUGAAACUACUACAGAGACAUGCAAUGACAAAGACAUGUACACUACCACAAAGUGGCGCAAGAUGAAUACAAAACACAUACAAUUACUACAAAGACAUACAAAACUAACAGAUAUAAAUGCAAAAUGAACAAAAGGACACUCAAGAUGAAUCAUUUGACUUGCCUGUCUCUUCUCUCUGUGCAGCAAACGGGAUCAGUUGUUUCUUUAGCCUCCUGGCUACUACUGCCAUCUACUGGUGAACACAUGUAAACCCUUCAGGAAUGAAUUUUCUUUGAGGUCACUGCUGACAGACAGGAAGUGGACCUGGGUUACGGUUAGCAGGUUAUAUGAGUAGGACCACAUUCUUCUGCUGACAUGAGGAAGUAGAUUAACUCUCAGUUACUCUAACCGCUGCAAUUUUGUUACUAACUGUACACAUGUAGUGGUGCUGCUGUUGCUGUAAGCCAUUCAAAAAAGCAUUUGAAUCAUGUGGAAAUUAGAUUUUUUUUUUACAGAUAUUGAAUUUAACUGUCAAAUAGUAUUGGACUUUUUUAGACAUUGCUGCCAAUGUGCCAAGCUCCACUGACAGUUUUGUUAUGAUUUGUUUUCUUAUUGUAGUGCACACAAAUGUAUAUGAAUCAACUUAAUGGUGUAGAUUUGUUUAUGUUUACGAUAUCUAUAUAGGUUGAAUGUAUUGCUUACUUGCUCAAAAAGCGUUCAUUUAGGAUUCAAAGUGUUUUUAUUAGAUUUUGUGAUGAUGUAAAUAAGGAGAUUCAUGAUGAGUGUGAGUUUACUGUCUCAUGUAAAAGGGGAAAAUUGACCGCUGCUGUUUCAAAUGCACAUUACAUUACAUUACAUUACAUGGUACUUGUUAGACGCUUUUAUCCAAAGCGACUUACAUACUGUGGGCAAUCCCCACAGGAGCAAUUAGGGGUGAAGUGUCCCAGGGACACAACGACAUGCUCUGUAGUGGGACUCGAACUUGCUACCCCCUGAUUCGAAGUUCAGCGCACUACCCACUGAGCCACAGCCUCCAACCAAGGGCUGAGUCCUGAUGAAGGAGCGAUAUUAAUGGGACUUUUAGAGGUUACUUGAUUCCUGCUGCAUUCACAUUUAGUGGGAAUUUGAACUGAACAAACAUGCAUUUAUAUUUGACUUGAUGGUUAACAGCAAACAACUAAGGCAAUGUAAGCC